AUGUCUCUGUGCUUCCUGGGGCUGCACGGGUGUAAAAGUGCUCUGCAAGAAGAGAAUGCCACUUUGAGAAGCAAGAUCAGCAAGCUCCAGAUUCUCUCUGAAACGCAAGCAGACAAGAUGAGAAAACUUGAAAGAAAGCUUGAGGAAAAUAAAAUUAAAGAAGAAAAAGAAGCUCAAGAUCUGGAAGCAAUGGUGCAGCACGUGGAACAGAACCUCCAGCUGAUGACUAAACGGGCUGUUAAAGCAGAGAACAGUGCUACAAAACUGAAGCAGGAAAAUGCCUUACUACAGGCUCAACUGAAAAAUUACAAGACAGAGAACGAAGCCCUGAGGUCAGGCCAGUCUGCUAGUCUGGCCAUAAUGAAACGAAACGCAGAUAUUGCCCUACAGAACCUCCUCACAGUUAUAGCAAGCUCUCAGUCUUCAAUAAAGCAGUUGGUCUCUGGAGCAGAAUCACUGCAGCUCGUUGCUGAUCUCCUUAAAUCGAUAGACCGAAUUUCUGAAAUUCCAGAUGAUGGACAGUAAAAAUGCAGAAACGGACUCGGAUGG